CACUACUCCGUCAAUAGUUGCGAAUUUUAUUUUAAAUGCAAAAUAGUAAAUUUGAACUAAAUUGGAUCCAUUUUAACAUAGAUCGGUUAGCAGCGACGAUUGUAGCCAUUUAGUAUCAUUUCAAUGAAACAUGGAUUAAAAUAUAUACCCUACUUGAUACAUCAGGAUGACUGACCAAAGUCCUCAGAAAAGCCAUAACACAGGGACCGCCGAAGAUAAGUUGGAUUUGUAUGACCUGAUUGGGGGUAGUUGGCCCCCUGCACCUCGGCCACCCGAGCACCCUGAGUAUGGGUCGGUGCCUAGCAACAGACGCACUAUGCAGCACUCAUCCCCACAUGAAAGAGUGAAAUCCGUCAAUAUCAUCAACCACCUGGCUCCAGAGAAAAGAAGAAUCAAACCUACCACUGCAAAUACUGCUUCUACAAGUUCUGAGGAACGGCCAAAAAGCAAAAUGGUUCAUGAGCCAAAGAAAAUUGAAACUGGAAUUCUAGUUGAUGUGUGCAGCGGAGAGGGACCCGAAGAGUUGUACGACUCGCCAGUGCUCGGAUCCCCGAGGGCGGUUCCUGCGCAAAGGCCUUCACCCCUACACCUACAGGAAGACAUAGGCGUGGGGUCUCUGGUGGAGGUUGCUACAGAUGUGGAUCAGCAGUAUUAUGGAGUUGUCAGGUGGAUCGGGAUUAUUGAUGACACGGCGACAGCGGGUGUGGAACUAGAGCAAAGUGUGUGCGGUCUAGGCGACGGCACGCGCGGUUCCGCGCGGCUGUUCUCGUGCGCGCCAGGGCGAGCGCUGUUUGUGCCGCUGCCGCUGUGCCGCCGCGAUGCAAGGUUCCGAGAUACGCCGCCACCUGACACAGCGCGGUCUGACCCGGACCCGCACCUAGACCAGCCGGACUGCCCGCUGGUGACGGGCGUGGUGCCGCCGCUGAGCUCGCUGGGCGAGCUGGCGGGCAAGAACCGCGGCAUCCAGGGCCACCACAACUCGUGCUACUUGGACGCCACACUCUUCGCCAUGUUCACGUUUACCAGUGUCUUCGAUGCGCUGCUGUAUCGCCCACCCGAGCCAGAGGAUUCGCCGCACUACCUGGAGGUGCAGCGCGUACUCCGCGAAGAAGUGGUGAACCCGCUGCGGCGACACGGCUACGUGCGCGCCGAUCGCGUCAUGCGAUUGCGAACUCUGCUCGAGCGGCUCUCCGACGUGCCCGGGCUCACCUCCGAGGAGAAGGACCCAGAAGAGUUCUUAAACGGCCUAGUCGCUCAGUUACUGAGAGCCGAACCAUUCCUUAAGCUAUCCUCAGGACAGGAGGCUUUUUGCUACCAGCUGUUCGUAGAAAAAGACGAGCAGAUCACGUUGCCCACCGUACAACAGUUGUUAGAGCAGUCCUUCGCUACCUCUGGUGUGAAGCUUAGUGAGGUACCGGCUGCAUUUAUAAUUCAAAUGCCAAGAUUUGGCAAGCAAUACAAAUUGUACCAACGAGUGUUGCCUUCACCACUGCUCGACGUGACUGAUCUCAUCGAAGGAUUGCCGCGGCAGUGCACAGUAUGCGGCAACCUAGCGCGCUGGGAGUGCAGCGCGUGCGCGCGCGGCGGCUCGCUGGAGGCGGGCGCGCUCUGCGCCGCCUGUGUGCGCCUCGCGCACGCGUCGCGCCCGCACCACAAGGCAACGCCGUUGCUGGUGCCGGAGGAAUGGACGAGCGUGCUGGAGGGAGCACCCGCGCCGCGCGUGUACAUGGAGUUGUUCGCAGUGCUCUGCAUCGAGACCAGCCACUACGUGGCCUUCGUGAAGGCGGGGCAGGCGCUCGACGCGCCCUGGUGCUUCUUCGACUCCAUGGCGGACCGCAAGGGCGAGCGCAACGGCUACAACAUCCCCGAGUGCGUGUGCAUCCCGGAGCUGGGCGCGUGGCUGAGCGAGGAGGGCGCGCGCGCGCUGCUGGCGGGCGCGCCGCGGGACCGCCAGCUGCCCGCGCCCGCCAAGCGCCUGCUCGCCGACGCCUACAUGUGCUUCUACCGCAGCCCCGACGUCGCCAUGUACCGAUAACUUCCUAGGGUCAUGCACUAUUACCAGACUAAACAUCGUCACCCGGUAUGAAUUACCCCAUGUACUUAAUACAUUUUUUAGAACGUUUUGAGGGCCCGCGCUAGCUGACGCGGUACCCGGAACGGACGCCCGUCUAAUAAGAAAUAGUAUAGACAGCGCUAAAUGGAGCGGGCGUGUGCGGUGGAAUAUGGAAUCUAUAAUAUGUAUAUUGGCUGGACCCGCGAGCUUCUCGAGCGCAGCUAUAGCGGACGCCCUGGCGGUGACAGAAGGUUUGGGGAAUAACGUGACGAGUAACUUUUCUAUUAUAUUUGGGCCCGUGACGUGAGUCUACUAUACUAUAUGUCACUUCAUAGAAACACCGCACCAUCUGAGUCAACUGACAGACUUGCUAAAUAUAGCUAUGUAUUUAUUUAGAUUUAAAUAUUGUUAUUAUAUAGUUGACUAAUAUUAAAUAUAAAUAAUUAUGUAUAGUAUUGUAAUCUUUACGUGAAAUACGUUAGAUUAAUGUUAAAAAAAUAAACAAUUGGAUAGAAGAAUACGAGUCAAAAAUACGACACAAACUUUGCUUUAGUAACUGGGUAUUAAAAACUUCAAUAUGUAGAUAAAAGUAUUUUCAAAAAUAUUAUAAUACAUUAUUUAGAAGAUAGACCAUCAGUCAAAUGUUAUUUUUAGGUAAUUAAGUAUGAUGUGCAAUGCAGAAAUAUACACCGUGUUUCUUUUAACACUAAAAACCUGAAAACUGUUUGUUCAAAAUCGAGAGUAGAAUCGAUUGAGCUAUAUCUUGAUGGGGAUAAUAUUUUUUGUUCUAAUUUGUAUUAUUA